UAACUACCAUCACAAGAAAACCAACAUCAACCACAACAAACAAACAAACAAACAAACAUGAGACUCAACCGACAACAACAACAACAGCAUCGAACAAAGAAACGGAAAACGGUCAACAGCACAACAGCAGCAGCAGCAGCAGUCGACUACAACAGCUCAGUCGACUCAUCAACAUCAGCAUCAGCAUCAUCAUCCUCAUCAGCUGAAGAAGCAAACUACAGCAACAAACUACCACCACCUCGGAACCGACUCAGAACCCAUUCAAGCAACCGAACGGCUGCAGUCAGAGUCCUAUCACCACUACCUCCCAACGCCUGUCUACCAAGAAAAUUUGCCACUCUGCCCGCCCAUCUCAAUCGACUAUGUAACCACCAUCCAUCAAUCCAACCUGGCAUCAUCCCAUUCAAGACCCAGCACCACCCUCAUCAGAUCAUCAAAUCUAGACCACUCUGUGGCUCACUCUCAAACAGUAAUACUGCUACUACUACUACUACUACUACUACCACUACUACCAGAUCAAACAGAAAACGAAAACGGACGACAACCCGAGCCAAAACGAUGCCCGAGCAGGAAGACCACCAAUCUGCAAACGAAAACACUCGCCAGGUCAUGGUCCUCAUCAACCACUCACGCUCCCCCAGACUAGCUCGAACAUUCAGCCAUAGUGGUGACUCAAAUAGUAGAUCAUCCAGCCAAGACCCUCAUCUGAUACCUGAAGCGGCGGCCUAUUACAUCCAUCAAGCCUCAAAAGCUCAACUCUUACGAUUACGGAGAGACCAAUUGAUUCAACUCAUCAAAACCGGCUGGGCUAAGCAAGAUAGGAGCGAAGAGGAGGAAGAAACUGAUCACAAGAAUAAAGACUCUCUGGCUGCCUUUAUCACCGAUGCGCGAACCAACCCAAAUAAACACUCAAUCAUUCUCCCUUCACAAUCCCAACCAUCCUCUGCAGCCACACGGAUCGAGCAAAAAUCAAGCAAAGACAAUUCCCAAGAGCAGACCACAUCCUCUCAACCCUGGCCAGUGACGCGAUUGCAGACACGUGUUAAGAGCUUGCCGGGCCAGAAUAAGCAGAUGGAUGCUGGCCGAGAAACACGUCAAAAUGGGACGAUGGCGCGCUCGCGUUCUCAACAACGAAAGUCAACCACUGAGGCCCAGCAAGCCCCGGCGACGACUCGGAAGACGCGCAGUGCGACGCAAGCAACCAGCCAAUCUUUGAUCCACAGUAGCAGUAGCAGCUGGAGUAGCAGCUUGAACUCGGAGCGGCCGGUCGAAGAACCUCCGGCGACUCGGACCCCACGACGUCACUCGAACCGACGCAAGGCGGUCAAGUUCAUCGGCCACCGCUCUGGCGGACCCACACCGAUCGCCUAUCGCACUCGGCGCUCCUCAAACCAUCGCUCGGCCACUCGCCCCUUAAUCUCUUCUAGAUCUCGCAGCGCCCGUAGUGCGAAUACUCCUACUAAUAGACCGCCCGCUCGUCACGAAGUGGUGACACCGACUAGAAGUACGCGUAAGCUCAGGAACGGCAAGGUGAUACCGCUGAAGAAGAUGAUGGACGAGCAGGCCGAUGACGAUCUCUUGCUCGAUGCGAGUGAGACUGCCACUACGGAGAAUGAUGAUGCUGAACGAGCGCAAAGCGAUAAUGCUGAAGGCAGUGCUGAGGAUGAUAGUCGGGAGCAUGAAAAUGAAAAUCAAAAAAAAGAUCAAGCAGCGGGUCAGACCGAAUCAGAAAGUGAUAUCGAGAUCUGUCGCGCUCAAUCUGAUCCAAGUCAAGCAACCAACUCAGAUGAAGAUGCCUUCGAUAUCGCAGAUGAUGAUGAUGAUGAGAUUCAGAUAGAUUCAGAAGGCGAUGGAGAAGAAGACGAAACAUUGGUUGAUCUGAGCCAGGCGACUUCGAAAGGUCUCCUGCGACUUAAACGUGAUAAUCUGGUCAAGCUGUGUGAGGAGAGAGAGCUCGAAGCCGACGGGACGAAGAAAGACUUAGUACAGAGCCUACUCGCUUGGCGAGACACCAACGAGGCCGUGUCGCCUAGCUCGGAUGUGUCUGAGCACACGCGAACAGAAAGUGUGAGUUCCGCAGAAGGCGAAGGAGCGGAAGAGAAGGGCCCGACGUCGAUGGUCGAUUCGCUCGUGUUCUUAUCAGCUCGAGUGGCCGAUGGGACGUGCUCUCGACCGAUCGUACUCGACUCGACGGUCAACCAGCAAAAACUGAUUGGCUCGAAACAGGCGAAGAAGAGCUUAGUAGGUUCCAAAAAGAGUGGGCAACCGAAGAAGGACGAUAUCGGCGAGCUAUUGGACCUGGAAAGUUUGAAUUUGCAGGAUAAGGAGAUCCAGGCAGACCAGCUCAAGAAGCUCGAGAUGAUCGGCGCGGGAGGCUUCAAGGAUGUGUACCGUGGGAUCUACAAGAAGGUGCCGGUGGCGAUCGCCGAGAUCCGUGGUCAUCUGACAGAGAUGGACCUCAAGGAGCUCCGGAUUCUACGCGACUUACGACACGAGAACAUCGUCCGCUUCAUCGGCGUCUGCGUCCCCACCGAGCCCAUCCCCUCCUCCUCUUCCUUAGCAGCUGGGACGACGACCAGCAAUGGCUGCUCGAAGAAGUUACCGGCCUCUGAGGACAAGAGUCGGCCCCAUUUACCUCCUAUCAUGGUCGUGACAGAGAUCUGCACAAACGGAGACCUCUUCGACUAUCUCCGUAAAACUCCCAACCCUGGCUUCCUCAAGAUCUGUCAGAUCUUUAGAGAUAUCUGUCGUGGAUUGGAUUACUUGCAUUCUCAUUCUCCGACUAUCAUCCAUCGCGACUUGAAGUCUUCUAACGUUUUGAUCACUAGUAAAGGGGUUGCUAAGCUGAACGACUUCGGCUUGGCUCGGAUCAAGAACUCGACCCGAUCGAUGGUCAAGUCCUUAGUAGGCACAGUAAACUGGCAAGCGCCAGAGCUGUGGGUUGCACAUCCGCGCUACAAUGAAAAGGUGGAUGUCUAUUCUGCUGGGCUGGUGCUUUGGGAAAUGUUGCAAUGGCAUCAACCGGUUAAACGGUAUCCGUUCGAAGGCCAAAAUGAACAUGGGAUUUACCAAGACGUAGGACAUCGACAAUUGAGACCAGCGACGGCUGGGAUGAGGAGACAAUGGGGCGACGAGAUCUUGAACUUGGUCGAGAAACUGUGGGCGCAAAAUCCGGUCGAUCGGCCUCGAAUGGAUCUCGUCCUUGAAGAACUCGACUCUAUCGUCACUCAGUUCAAGCAGAAAUCUGCCUCUUGAUUUUCUAUUCACCUCCGUUUUCUCUUGCUCAAAUGUUUGUUCUUCUUGUCGCUCGAAUGGCAACCCGGAUUUUUCGAGGUGAUGGUCGAUUACACCGCAGAGAAGGGGUUUUCUUUUCUAGAACUAAUUUGUGUUUGUGUAUGUAGCUAGUUUUGUCCUUGCAUUGUACAUCUGUUUGUGAUUUUUUUUUUCUUUUUUGCUUCUGGUUCCAUUCUCCAUCCUCGCAUCCAUUGUUAUAAACAUCCUCUAUUUUUCCCCCUUUUCUUUUGGGCAAGAGAUUUUUUUCCCAUGCAUCUUUGUUCAAUAGCUUAAUUGUUAGUCAAAAGUCUAUUUUUAUCUUCUUCUUUUUAUUCUACGCCCUGCUCUUGUAAAUCCAUGUAUGUAUUUCUGACAUCAUCAUCAUCAUCAUCAUCUCUAUCAUCAUUUCUCCUCUGACAUCUACUAGAUUACCUCCUCCUCCCACUUCUCCCUCCGUCUUACUAUCAGUCAAAUUACAUACAUACAAAAAAAAGAUUACUUUUUUUUUAUUGAUCAAUCUCUUAAUUCUACUCAAUUUAAUUUAUAGUUGGAAA